GCCAAUCGUCAGUGCAGCCCCGCAAGACUACAACAAGGCUGGGAGUGGGAGGGAGGACUCGGGAAGCAAAACAUGGCGAAAUAACAAGUUUGGCUGUUGGCCGCUUUUUGAAACUGCACCGUAUCUGUAGUGGUGGACUACAACUACAAGUUCGUAAAAUUUUGGACGCUGGAGACCGACAGCAACGCUACUUUAAAGAGUCGAGGGCCCCGGUUUACAAGUAUUACGGUGGCUGCGGGCGAGAAAAUAGUGCCUGUCUGUCUGCCUGUGCUUUCCCCGGAAGGUUGGCAGUGCUAGGCGCGACUGUCAACACAGAAAAUGGAUGAAGAAGGAAAGUUUAUUCUGGAAAAGACUAUUUAGCCGACUAGCUUAGCUACGUUAGCUAGCCAGUUAAUGUUUGAUUGAUUGCACGCACCUGACUCGGUGUUCGGGUGAACGUGCGCUCCGGUCGAAAAUUUGAGGAUUAUUUAAGUCGUGUUAACAAGUUUGACAACUGCAGUCGCGCAGAAUCGCGUUUCAAACGAGGCCAUUAAUUUUUAUUUGCCGAACUUGUGUUGAUAUUCCGGGAGGACCGCUGUUUGGGGUUAAAACUGACAGCCUGACAGUCGGUUCUGGUGCGGUGCGGACGGACCCGGACGCCAUCACAUCAGACAUUGCGUUCGCCUUAAAAACAACCACUGCGUUGCUGAGCCGCUAAUGUUAUUUUCUACUUUAACAGCGUAACAAGGACUGUUUCAGCGGCACACCAGACCUAUAUGGUAGUUUUUUUCCGCGACACGCAUCAUUUCAUUAGCUGAAUGUUGUACAGCAGCAAAGACGCGGCGUCUUGUCAAAAUGAACGCAGCAAGGUGUUCAACAACAGUGGAGGUGCAUCGCAUUGAAAACCUGCCAGUUGUUGGUACGGUACCGAUGGCCGGCUAACGGUGACGUUAACAGUUUGUUGAAAUCUCCUAUUUGAAGUUGAAUGUGUUUUUGACCACAUAUUGCAACCGGCAUUUCUGUAAAAACAACUGCGGAUAACAUUAUAGCUCUCGGCCAGAGUUGACGUGAGCUAGCCAGCUGGGUGCGUCUGUGGCAGCUCUAUCUGCGAUGUGUUUGCUAAUCUAAGUGCUACCGUGUUGUUCCGCAACAGUUUCAGCACAUUAGGCAGCCCGUUUGCUUGUAUUUAAUCUACAGAUAAGCCCAUUCAAGAUCGGGUUAGCAGCCACUCUCAAGUAGUUCUUGUCAAAUAACUGGCUAACUUGGUAGCUAAGGUUGUAAGUUUCGCCAGCUAUGUCUGAAAACGCCCCCACACGAAGCCUGGAUGACAUAGACCUCGCAGCUCUGAGGGAUCCAGCGGGAAUCUUUGAGCUGGUCGAGGUUGUCGGCAAUGGGACAUAUGGACAGGUGUACAAGGGCCGUCACGUGAAGACGGGCCAGCUGGCUGCCAUCAAGGUGAUGGAUGUAACAGAGGAGGAGGAGGAGGAAAUUAAAGCAGAAAUCAACAUGCUGAAAAAAUACAGCCACCACCGCAACAUAGCCACGUACUACGGUGCCUUUGUCAAGAAGAGUCCACCAGGACAUGAUGACCAACUUUGGCUGGUGAUGGAGUUUUGUGGGGCAGGAUCAGUGACCGACCUGGUUAAAAACACUAAGGGCAGCUCUCUAAAGGAGGACUGGAUUGCUUACAUCUGCAGAGAGAUCCUAAGGGGCCUUUCUCACCUCCACGGCCAUAAAGUUAUCCACAGAGACAUCAAGGGUCAGAACGUGCUGCUAACAGAGAAUGCAGAGGUCAAACUAGUUGAUUUCGGGGUGAGUGCUCAGCUGGACAGGACGGUUGGGCGUAGGAACACCUUUAUCGGCACACCUUAUUGGAUGGCACCUGAGGUUAUUGCCUGUGAUGAGAACCCUGACUCCACCUAUGACUACAGGAGUGAUAUCUGGUCCUUGGGGAUCACCGCCAUCGAGAUGGCAGAGGGAGCUCCUCCUUUGUGUGACAUGCACCCGAUGAGAGCCCUCUUCCUGAUUCCCAGGAAUCCCCCUCCGAAACUGAAAUCCAAAAAAUGGUCCAAGAAAUUUAUUGACUUUAUAGAGGGCUGUCUCGUGAAGACGUAUACCAGCCGACCAUCCACAGAGCAGCUUCUCAAGCACUCCUUCAUCAGGGACCAGCCCACUGAGCGCCAGGUCCGAAUUCAGCUCAAAGACCAUAUUGACCGAACACGCAAGAAAAGGGGAGAGAAAGAAGAAACAGAGUAUGAAUACAGCGGUAGUGAUGAAGAGGAUGAAAACCGUGGAGAUGACAGAGAGUCAAGUUCAAUCCUCAAUGUGCCCGGUGAGUCCACCUUGAGGCGGGACUUCCAGCGUCUGCAGCAGGAGAACAAAGAGCGCUCGGAGGCUCACAAGAGGCAGCAGGCCCAACUGGCUGCUCAGCGCAGGGACCCUGAGGAACACAAGAGGCAACUGUUGCAUGACCGACAGAAACGCAUUGAAGAGCAGAAGGAACAGCGUCGCCGACUUGAAGAGCAACAGAGGAAAGAGCGAGAGAUGGUGAGGCAGCAAGAAAAAGGUCCCCAUCGGAGACUCGACGAUAUGAGACGGGAGGAAGAUAGAAGGUUGGCUGAGAGGGAGCAGGAGUUUAUCAGGCAUAAAUUAGAAGAAGAGCAGCGGCAGUUAGAAAUCCUUCAGCAGCAGUUGCUUCAGGAGCAAGCACUGCUCAUGGCAAGGAGACACAAUGAAAAACCAGAGUAUAAGCGCAAGCAGCUGGAGGAGCAGCGUCAGUCAGAGCGACUGCAGAGGCAGCUGCAGCAGGAGCAUGCCUACCUGGUGUCUCUGCAACAACAGCAGCAAGAAAAGAAGCCUCAGCUUUACCACUAUAACAAAAACCUGGAGCCCAACAACAAACCCACUUGGGCUCGUGAGGUGGAGGAGCGAAGUAAGCUCAACAGACAGGGCUCACCCAAAAUCUGCACCACUGUCUCUGACACUGCCAUCCAGUCGCGCUCUGACUCAAUCAGCCAAUCAGGAGUGGUCCAGUCUGCUCAGACCCCACCAAUGCAGAGGCCUGUUGAACCCCAAGGGGGGCAAGGAAAGUUCCAGAUGGCUCACUUGGUUCCACUGAAGCCUUAUGCUGCCCCUGUCCCUCGUUCCCAGUCUCUCUGUGACCAGCCCACUAAGACCAUGUCCGCAUUCCCCACCCAGGAUCCCUCCCUUACCCCCACACCCCGGCCAAUCCACUCAAGAGAGUUGGUGCGUCAAAACUCAGACCCCACUUCUGAAACCCCGGCACCACAGGUACACCAAAUCAGAGAGGACCGCGGCCCCUGGAUCCGCCUGCCAGAUGUGGAACUCCCACCCAAGAUUCCCCAGAGGACAGCGUCUAUUGCCACAGCUCUCAACACCAACCUGACCUCUGGCAUAAGACAUCCAGUACGAGCCAGCAAUCCAGAUCUGAGCCGCAACGAUCGCUGGGAGAGAUCAGACAGCAUGAGCAUCAUAUCCAAUCUGCCCCAGACUGGCUCUCUAGAGAGGCAUCGCAUCAUCAGUUCCUCAAAAAUGGAUUCACCCAUUAUCUCCCAUGAUAGUCGUCAUAAGCCAGGGGAGUCUCGCACCUCCUCCCGCCCUGGACGUCCUGCUAGUUACAAGAGAGCUAUAGGGGAGGAUCAUGGCCUCUUUGCCAAGGAGCGUGCCGAGGAGCAGCCAAGGCCUCCAGUCAAGGCCAAUGAUUACUCCUCCUCUUCGGAGAGCAGCGAGAGCAGUGAGGAGAGCGAAAGUGGCGAGGGAGCAGAGGAGGAAGAAAGCCCCACAGAUCGUCACAGGGACGCAGACACUGAUUCAGUCAACACCAUGGUGGUUCAUGAAGAUGAGGGCGAGGGGGGAGAGGCAGAGCAGGCUGGAGGCUAUGGGGAUCAGACCAUGCUGGUGCAGCGGACCCCAGAGAAGCGGAGCCAUAAUGGAUACACUAACUUGCCAGAUGUGGUGCAGCCGUCUCACUCCCCCACGGAUUCAGCAACUCACUCCUCCCCCGGGAAGGACUCUGUUUAUGAUUAUCAGUCCAGAGGUCUAGUCAAAGCAUCUGGCAAGUCCUCCUUCACCACCUUUGUGGAUCUGGGCAUGUACCAGUCACCAGGAGGUACAGGGGAUAACAUAUCUGUCAGCGGCUCCAGGUUUGAGCAGCUGAAGAUGGAGGUGAGGAAAGGAUCGAUGGUGAAUGUUAAUCCCACCAACACACGUCCCCCCAAUGACACGCCCGAGAUCCGCAAGUACAAGAAGAGGUUCAACUCUGAGAUCCUGUGUGCUGCACUCUGGGGUGUGAACCUGUUGGUGGGCACAGAGAAUGGUUUGAAGUUGCUGGACCGUAGUGGUCAGGGUAAGGUUUACCCCCUCAUCAAUUCCCGCAGGUUCCAACAGAUGGACGUCCUGGAGGGUCUCAACCUGCUCAUCACCAUAUCAGGCAAGAAAAACAAGGUGCGUGUCUACUACCUGGCCUGGCUGAGGAACAAGAUCCUCCACAACGACCCUGAGGUGGAGAAGAAGCAGGGCUGGACCACAGUGGGGGAGAUGGAGGGUUGUGUGCACUACAAAGUGGUGAAAUAUGAGAGGAUAAAGUUCCUGGUGAUAGCUUUGAAGAAUGCGGUGGAAGUGUAUGCUUGGGCGCCCAAACCUUAUCACAAAUUCAUGGCCUUCAAGUCUUUUGCAGACCUGCCACACAGGCCUGUGCUGGUCGACCUGACAGUGGAGGAGGGUCAGAGGUUGAAGGUCAUCUAUGGUUCUUGCGCUGGCUUCCACGCCAUCGACGUGGACUCUGGAAACAACUAUGACAUUUAUAUCCCUGUUCAUAUCCAGAGCCAUGUGACACCGCACGCAAUUGUGUUCCUGCCGAGCUCAGACGGCAUGGAGAUGCUGCUGUGCUACGAAGACGAAGGCGUCUACGUCAACACCUACGGACGCAUCAUCAAGGAUGUGGUCCUGCAGUGGGGCGAGAUGCCCACAUCUGUUGCUCAUAUCUGCUCAAAUCAGAUCAUGGGAUGGGGAGAAAAGGCCAUUGAGAUCCGUUCUGUGGAGACCGGCCACCUGGACGGUGUCUUCAUGCACAAAAGAGCUCAGAGGCUCAAGUUCUUGUGUGAGAGAAAUGACAAGGUGUUCUUUGCCUCGGUGCGGUCUGGGGGCAGCAGCCAGGUGUACUUCAUGACGUUGAACAGGAACUGCAUCAUGAACUGGUGAAGGAGCAGCUGCUCUGGUCAGUGUGUGGAACCCAGCAGGGUUCAGAGAAGGAAGUGCAUCUGAAAAUUGUCGUGAACGCAUGCACACAAAAGCGAACAUCUCUCUCCCUUUUCUCUCCAGCUCGCUUUCACUCACACACUCAUGCUCCCAAGACACACACACACACACACACACACACACACACACAUUCUCACAGACAAACACACAAACACAAACAAUCUCUCAAUCCAUUCCAGCCUACAUGUACACUCCUUCAGACACAGUUUCUACAGAGGCCCCCUGAUAACGUUCUCCCUGAAUCAUCAUGAUAAAUCACUGAUGAACUUCAAAUGUUUAUACCAUCUAUUCAUUUGUACUGUAAAUAUUCUUGUCUUGAUUUACUUUUCUUGGUGGACCCGUGUUCAGUCGUAACUAUUUAGUUCCUAAUUGUGAAGUAUGUUAAAAACAUUCCUCGGUGGUUCUACAGUACGUUCUGAAGAAGGCAUUAUUUACCAAUACUGUAUGUUGAAAUGAAGCUGUAAAUAGGUAGCACCUUACACUUAGAAUCAUCUGCAGGGCUCUUAUAUAGCCUCCAUUCAGUGUGUUGCCACCGGACACAUGGACGUCAAAUAAUAAAAUGCUGGAACGCCCAUCUGCAGUGGCUUGUGGACCCCCAGUUGUUUUGGGGUCCCCACUAUUUCAGGGAGGCUUAAAGGAAGGAUUAAGUACAAAAAUAUAUAACAAAGGGACAUUAAAGUCAGGAAAAAAGUAGCUUGUUGAAGUAUUUUUAGUUCUGUAUAUUAGACAGCAACCUGAAGUCCGGCUUCCACAAACUUUGUCUGGCCUGAACGGCAACUCGUAAUCACAACAAGUAAGCCUUGAAUGCUUCAAAAGCAAACUAGAUUAAGACAGAUAAAUGAUCAAACCAAUCCGAAGUCUCAUAAAUGUGCAGUACUCCGAAUCAGUAAUGUGAAAUCUCCUGCUUUGCCUUUCUUUUUCUAUAGUUUGGGUGAAGCCAUUCAUUCUUUGACUCAUCAGGCUUGUAUCUAAACUUUUUGUUUUCAUAGAUUUACAAAAUACAAGAAUUUGUUAUUUAUAUGUAGUGAUUCUGUAUUGGUAUUAGCCUACUGGUAUUCUUAAUUUUACUGUAAUUAUAUUGCCAUUAUAUUGCAAUAUAUGCUAUUUUGUGGAGUCUUUGUUUGAAGAGGGGAGUUUGUGUAUUUGGCUGGUAGUGUUUGGGAGUUUGUCGACACCUUUUAAAGGAGAGAAAGGGGACGGGAUAUUUGUCAGAAAAGGAGGACGUUGGAAAAAGAGGAUGUCUCUGAGGUUAUAGUGAUUAAGGGAGAUCAUUUUCGUGGUCGUUUCACCCUCCUACCACAGUGAUCUGCUCUACUGUAUUAUAUUUCAGUUCUUAGACUAUUUGGUUAGUGUGGAUCUUUUUGUGAGAAGUGUUUGUUCAGGGGAUUGCAGUAGAACAGCUCUCGGUGUGGGUACAGUUCAUUAUUUGUCUUAGGUCAGUGGAAAGAUUUAGUUUAGGGCGACUGCAAUACCACAGAGGACUCCAUCUCAUCAGGCACUGUGGAGAAGACGGCUGGAACACAUGAGACUUAAUAUAUUUUAUAUCUAUACAUUCUGCCAAAGUUCACAGCAUAUUCUGCAACGGGGGGGAUGAAUCAAGGCCAAAGGGAAUAGAGAUCAAAUGGCGACUAGGAACUCUUCCUACGAAUCACUAUCCAAUGUUCCAAAAAGUCUGUUUCACACAAUAUUACAAUGUCAUGCUAAAUUAGCUGCUUGUGAUUUCCUAUGUGGAUGCUGUGUGUGUUUAGUAGUGUAUACUUUCCCCCUUGUUGAUAUUUAACUGCUUUGUUUGCAGCUGCAUAGGGGAGAAACUGUGUGCUCUCAUACACCAGACAGUACGGUAGUGUGAGGCAGCAUUAUCAGGAAGUAGUUUGGUGAUUUUUUUUUUUGUCAGCAGUAGGUAGGUCAACACGUAAAUCAGGCUUUUUGUUGAGUGAUUCACGCAGUGUUGCAACACACUUUGGUAUCAACAGGUGGACGUUUUCAAAUGUAGAUAUUUUUUAAUCAUUCCUUAUGUAUCUCAGCAUGGGAUUGUUUGGAAAAUGUCUACAUUUUCAAAAAGUUAGUUCAUCUACUUAUAAACAGAAGCUGACAUGUCAAUUUUAAAAGAAUGUUUUUGGGGUUUUUUUUAAGCUGCCAGUUUAAAAAUCUUUUAGUCAACGUGAAAGGGAUCUUGGCUAGUGAUCAACAGGAUAGUCUCCUAAAAGUCGCAAAGGAGAUAUAUUUCUUACAGGCAAAAAGAGUUAUUAAAAAUGCAUACAGUAUAUGGUCAGGGCAGAGAGUGUUUAAUCAAAGAUUAUAUAUAUAUAGAUGGUUAAUUUUAUGGUGAAAUUAUAAAGCAAACUGUAUAUGGGCAUGGAAAGCACUUUCACUUCAGUAAAUAUACAUUUACAAAUACUGUAUAUCUCGAGCAGAUACUUGGUGUGCAUGUAAGCCAUUGAAAUAGAGUAUAUAGUACUGUAUCAAAGUUGCUUUUCCCCUUUUAGCAAAUGUGUUUUUAUUCUUGAAUAUCUGUUUUGUGCCAUGACAUAUGUCACAAUUACAAUCCACCAGGAGCUCUGGCACUCAUGCUUUUUAUGGUCAAAUCAUAAUUUUUUAUCAAUCUGCCAUGUUUACAGUUAAAGCAGUGCCUUGGAGUUGGGAAGGUGAGAGGUUUUAGGAUGGGUUAUGAGCCCCCCCCCCCCACACACACACACACACUUGUCUCUUACUUGAAAUCACAUGAAGAAGAGGCAAAAGUGUAUGUGCUCCCUCAUUAUGAUUUAUAUCCUGUGCCACUUAAGUGCACUUAAGUCAAAUCCAGAAUAUCCCUUAAAAAGACUUGAAAUGCUUUUCUGGCACUUCCUAAAUUACCUAAGAUGAUUAACAGACGAUAAUUGAGAAAGUGGCAAUAACAAAUAAAUUAACACGUGUCCAAUUAAUAGAGUGUAACGGGUCUGCUCACAGCGGGAGCCAGCAUAGUGAAAAGCCAUACAUAUGAAACGUGUCUGUAGAGAAAACUUAGUACUUGUGCACAGGUCCAAUUCAACUCUGUGUGUGAUGUCCGCUCAGAAAAAUGUAGGUUCUCGCAGCAAAGAUGAGAUAAGCGCUUAUUCUUUAAUGAUGUUGGUUGUGUAAUCUCGUAGUGGGGAAAGUAGCUCGAUAUAUUCUGAGAAGCCUAUUUUAUAAAAUAUGUAAAUUAGUCUAUAUUAAGAAAUCAAAGUGAAUGUACAUCUAUAAGACAGAUUUGUAUUUAUAUGAAAAUGUGUACUGCUCUAUUAAUCAAAGCACAAUGUAUUUUAAGGCAGAGAUCAACGCUAUGAGUGGGUGAAACAGAGAGGAGGAGUUUGUUUCGUUUUUCUUUCUUCACUCGUCAGUUUGUUAUCAGUAGUUGGUUAUAGUGAAACGAGUAAUCCGCUGAGACGGACUGUAUUUUACUGAUGCUUUUCCGUUGAGUUAUCUAGACAUGAAAAUAAUGUCUGUCUUGUUACCAGAAGAGUCGACUGUGUCUGUGAUUCAGACGCUUGUGGUGACUCACAGAAAGGUGUUGGAUCUGGCCUCUGGUGUAAAUUGCUUAUGUGAGGCUGACAGGCUGUUGAUGUGCUCAGGUGAUGGCAGGAGACGUCACACUGGUGGUGCAGGGGCGGGGUGGCCCUUGUCGUGGCUCUUGGCUUUGAUAUUGUAUCAAAAAAAUGCAGCAUUUGGCAAGUGAAAAGUGCAUCGAUCAGUUAGAAUACAGACAAAGACAAUUAGACAGUUAGCAUUUCUUGACAACUUGAGUUUGAUGCUUUUUGUCACCAGGUGUGAAAGUCCUUAAAGGGGAACUCCGCUGAUUUUACACAUCAAAGGCUGUUGACAGAUAUUGGGCAUUUAAGAAAGCUGUCUGUGGCUCCAGAGAGAGCUGCGCGAAGUCUGAUAGAUUACCUCAUGUCAUGUCACUUGAGGCAGCGCCUCGCUGAACACUACAAGUUUGAAAAUGCAAAACCUGAGCUUAGAAAUACACUGUAAAAAGAGACUACUUGUUUUCACUUUAAAAAAAGUUAGUGCUCGGGCUGCCUUAAAAUUUUGAGUUAACUGAACUUAAGAUGACAAGUUGAGAGAAUUUUGCAAUGAUUCAAUAAAAAUAAACUUUUUACUGUCAAAUAAAUCUAAUCAUAUUGUAAUUCAGUCGUUGCUUAAAUCCUUUCAAGUUCAUUUAACCAUAAAGUUUAUUUGUUUUGAAUCAUUACAAAAUUUCCAUUCAGUCAACUUUUAAUUUUAAGGCAGCAUAAACACUAACGUUUUUAAGUUAAAACAGUUUCAUUUUUUUACAGUGCAAGUUUACCAGGCUACUGAAGGCUGCUGCUAAACUCUGCUUGACUUGCAGCAUGAGGCUACAUUAACCGCUACUUAGCUUAAAACGCCCGAGAACCCAGCUGAACUGUCUGCAGUCUUGUUGCAUUGUGGGUAAUGUAGGCAUCAGCUUUUUGCAAGGAAUGAUGCUGCAUCCACAUGGAAUCAGGCAAACGUAAGACGGCACGUCAUUUUAGCAGCUGAGAGCAGGACGGUAAAAUUAGGUGAGGCCAGCAGAAAAUACUGGUAACGGUAGACAUCAUCGCCAUUCAGAGUUACGGAAUAUACAACUGGAUACUACUCAGCUCCUUCAUACAAAGAGAAAACAAGGGCAAUCUGGACAAAUACUGGACAUUAUUGGAGGAAUUACAUAAACUAAUACACAUGAAAUAGUUGUAC